AUGCCAAACAAGGAAUACCUCGAUCUCUUCGGAAGUGAUUCGAAAGAGUCCGACCAGCCCGAAGAGCCUCUUCCGCCGCUCCAAACCGCAGUCAAUGCGGGUGAAGUGGACACCUUGCGCCGGUUGGCAUCCACCGCAGACCCUGCAGAUCUGACUGCAGCCCUAAGCAGAUCGUGUCAACUGGGAAACAAUGCCCUUGUCGAGGUCCUAGUUGACACUGAACGAUGCGACAUCAAUUGCCUCGCAAAUGGAGCGACUCCACUAUUCCAUGCCGCCCGCAAGCUUGACCCGCGUAUAGUAAAGUUCCUUCUCGAAAACAAAGCUGAUGUAGCCAUCAAAUCCAACUACGGUGGUCGUGAAGGAGAUGCUCCAACGAAAACGCCCCUCCACGGCGCGGUCGAAGAUGCCCGUUACUGCAGAACCCCAGAACAAUUACACCAGCUUGAAGAGGUUGUCAAACUACUGCUCGAUGCGGGAUGCGAAAUCAAUGCUCAAGAUGUACACGGCGAAACUGUACUUCAGCAUUGUGUGCGCCAAGGGACCCCAUUAAUUGGGCUCCUAUUACAACACGGAGCAGACCCUAACAUCCGAAACGGCAAGGGAGAGACAUCAAUGCACUAUUUCCACAGCCCCCUUGAGAACCCGGAAUGGCUCGCAGCUCUCAUGGGACAUGGUGCGCGUCUAGAUAUUACCGAGGAACAAGGGAAUGGCUAUACCCCUCUCCACAGGUUCGCGUCUAGGAACCAACUAGGUGACUUGUCAUUGUUCAGGCCCUUUGUGUCUGAUUGGAAUAUCAUCGAUGCGAAAGGAAACACACUUCUUCACAUUGCAACCAAGGAACAUCGCAAAGGAAGCGUCACUCUAUUGGAAUUGCUAAAGGCUGGCCUUGAUCCGAACCAGAGCAAUCAUGAAGGACGACAGCCUAUACAUAUGGUCGAUGGCAGUGAAGACAGCGUGAACGAUGCAUUGGAUAUUCUCUGUGCAGCCGGUGCGGAUAUUGAGGCUAGAGACUCACGAGGAAUUACGCCCCUCACCAGGACCAUGUGUGGCUAUCCUCAGUACAACUCUCGCGAGCUUAUCCAGAUAUUGCUUCAUCGCGGGGCAAAUAUCAAUGCGCAAGACUACCAAGGCAAUGGGAUUCUAUGGAAUCUCGUCCAGGGUACAUUCCAUUCCGAGUGCCUCGACUUUCUUCUCUCCCUCGGGGUGAACCCACAAAUGACAAAUUACAAAGGAGACACAUUUCUGCACCAUGUUGCAGCAAGCUACCCCACUUGCGCUGUGAAUCAGGAGCUGCUUAUUCCAGUCAUGAGAAAGAUGAUUGACCUGGGCGUCUCACCCACUCUACCUAACUUCAAGGGCUGGACACCUCUACAUGCACUAUGUAGUUCGGUCUCGGACCACCUUUUCGCAGCGGCUGCGGAAGGAGGUAAAUCUGCGAUUGACCUCCUGCUGGAUUGUGGUCUUGACGGAGCUCUCAACACGGCCGAUCAUCAGGGUAUCCGGCCUAUUCACCUGGCAGCUACGACUUCGGAGGUUCUAGUCGGCAGGCUAAUUUCCCGUGGAGCCGAUCCCACAGCUACCAUAAUUGAUGGGCGCAAUCUACUCCACAUCGCCUGCUCUGCACGACAGAGCAACAUAGUAGGAUUGCUGCUGGGACACUAUGCCUCAACCGGUCAGACUGCUCUGGUAACUGCAAAGUCAAAGGAUGGACGGACACCUCUCCAUGUAGCCUGCCGCUCCGGGAGGUUGGAGACAGUGGCCCUCUUGCUCGCUCACGGAGCAGAUGUCAGCAUCCAAGACGAGUCCGGACGGACUCCCAUGGAUGUAUGCAGCGAGUUUCCCGAGGAGGACAAGCUUUGGGAAAGUGUCGACGAUGCAGAGAACCUGUUCCACACGCUGACUGCGGCUGGGAUGCUGUCAGAGGACAAAAGAAGGCCAACACAAACUCCAUCCAACCGCAAGACAUUUCGCCACAAGGCCAAACGUGUCGGGUGGAAAGGAGAGCUCACCUCUGAAACCUCAACUAUCAGAAUUGGACCUAUCGUUCGACUUCUGGCGGCUCAUGGAGGCAUUGUUAAAAAAGAGGGAUUUGCUAGUGGCCCGAUGUUCUAUGCCGUUGAUUGCGACGAUGACCAGAUGGUAGUGGAGCUUGAUCGAGUAUCACGGGAGAUGAAUAUUCCGCUCCAAAAUCAUGCACCCCUCGAAACCGAAACUAUUCUGGCGCGCUCUAGGAAUAUUCCACCCAUUCUGGAGAAGAGUUUGAAGACAUAUAUAUAUGAAGGUCAGAUUCUGUCAAUUGUGCUACGUGGCCAUGAGCAAGAGGUGGCGCAGGCCUUGGAGGCAAUUGCUUCCAGCGAUGUAAACUGGGCCAAGGAUCAGACCAGUCUGCCAGCGAUACUGGUCACUCUCGCGAGAUGGGGAUAUGCGGAACUUUUCGAGCGCGUGGGAUCUAUCAUACCGGGAAAUGACUGGAUCAACAGUGGAAAUGCUAACCGCCUCGGUGAGGAACCCAUCCGUCAUCUUCUGGCAGCAGGAAUGCGCCAUCUUCCCAACUUGGAAGUCAUCAAGAUCAUGGUUGAGAAGUUCAAUGUGGACGUCAACGUUCAAUUCACAAGUAACAUGCAACUUAAGCCCAAAGUCUACUAUCAAUCCUCAAUGGCCCAGCAGCGGCAGUACAAGGAGGGAGACACAAUACUUCACCACCUCGCCCAAGGCGAGCAUUGGUGGCAUGAAGGUGCAAUCAAGUACCUUCUAGACCACGGAGCCGACCCCAACAUCCGAAAUAGCCAGGGCAAAACACCAUUGUGCAAUGCAGUUGCAAGAGGAGAGCUCGCCGGUCAUGGCCAGCGCGAAAUCACUCGAAUUCUCCUAGAGGGCGGCGCCGAUCCUAACAUCGCCGCUUCAUGUGGCUACACACCAUUAGCCAUGUCAGCACACGACACACAACUCUUUCAAUUAUUGAUUGACAACGGUGCCUACCCUUCCCAGGAGCACCCAAUGGAGUUAUUUGCCGCACUGGCAACCUUCAACACCGAGGUGCUUGAAGCUCUCCUGGAAAUGGAUCUGGACUGCAACACAACAGUCCUUUCUGAUGCUCAGCCUCACUGGCAUACCCCCCGCUUCCGAAAACUCCCCUCCACACCGACAUUGAUCCUAAGCCCGCUGCUUUAUAUCUCCACGAUAGCAUACAAUGAAGCCAACACCCGCGACAACGCUAUCCGCAUGAUAAAAACUCUAAUUAAGCAUGGCGCAAACCCCUGGCUACCCUGUGAUCAAAACGCGAUAAUCCUACACGACAUAUUCGAAAACGGAGGAAUCACCCAGCCAUGGCUUGAACUGCCUGACCUCGAUCUCGAGCAUCGGGACCCCAAGGGACAGACUCUACUGCUAGCAGCUGCAAAGUCUCUCUCCGGUGUCGACUCAUAUGCUUGUGAAGCACCCAUUUUCCCGCUGCGUGGUGGUAGAAUUAUCCCGUCGGGCUGGAAAGAGGGUGAUCGCACACGUGCAAUGGCAUUGUAUGAACAUGGUGCGAAUCUGACUGCGGUGGAUGAUAUGGGAAAUAAUGUUCUUCAUUGUUUGGCCGGGGUUGUAACACAGGAUAGGAUUUGUGAGUUGGAAUUGAAGCGGACGUUGGCUUUGUUUGUGGAGAAAAAUCCGGAGCUUGUUGGCCAGAGUAAUGUACAGGGAAAGACAGCUCAGAUGGUUGCUGAGGAGAAAUGCAAUGAAUGGGCUAUGGAGAUACUUGGGCGGAGUUCGGGUGGCGCAGAGUAA